AUGCCUUGCGGCCUUCGAGCCCGCAUCGGCCAAAUAAUAUCGUCUGUGUGGCUUAGACAUGUGCCAGAAGCUAUGCUUUACUCUAACUACUUAGCGAUGGAAACGACUGCGCAAAUGAAUAUGAAUCUUUCCUUUUACGUCGCAGACGAAAGUCUCCAGUUUAUGCCACGAGUCUAUUUGCAAUGA